CGGCCCCUUCGGUCACAUCAAUCAUCUCUUGCAGUGCAGGGCUCGAACGCUGGGCAAUGGCAUCCGAGGCGUGCAGCCUCCCGACACACACCGCGCCCUCCCCCGACGCCAAGCCCCUGCACGACGUCGACGACGACCUCCGCCGCCGCAGACGACGCCGCCGCCGCCGCUGCUGCAUCUGCGCCCUGGUCACCCUCGGCGUGCUCCUGCUGCUGGGCGUGACCCUCCUGGCCCUCUUCCUCACCGUGCUCCGCGUCCGCGACCCCAGCACGCGCCUCCUCUCCGCCCGCGUCGUCGGCCCCGCCCCCAGCCUCGCCCAGCCCAACUUCACCGUGCUGCUCGCCGCGGCCAUGCACAACCCCAACUAUGUCUCCUUCUCCUAUGCCUCCGGCACCGCCGGGCUCUGGUACCGGGGCAUCCACGUCGGGGACGCCCAGGUCGGCCCCAGCCGCAUCCCUGGCAGGGGGGACGAGACCGUGCAGCUGGAACUGACGGUGCUCACCGCCGACUUCACCAAGGACAUGGCGCAGCUGAUCAAGGACAUCGAGGCCGGGGCGCUGCCGCUGGACGCGAGCGCGAGGAUCCCGGGAAAAGUGGCCGUCUUCGGCGUGUUCAAGCUCAACGUUGUGGCCUACUCCGACUGCCACGUCGUCGUCGGAUUCCCGGACAUGGACAUCCGUGGCCAGGAGUGCCACGACCACGCCAAACUAAUACUCUGAUCGGCCGGCUUGGCUGCUUGUUCGUGUUAUGGCAUGGUAUACGCUUAUGCUAGGGGAGAGCGUGAACAAUGGUUCUGGGAGUUAUGUAUGGGAGUUGUCUAUGCCUUAGCGUUUGAUUCAUUGUUGUUAUGCAUGUCUUGGGUCUCAUCGUGUACACAAGAAAAAAGAUUGUUGUUAUGUCUUGCUCUCAUCGUGUACAAAAUGAUCAUGUUUGUGAA